CCUCGGAUCCUGAUAAAGUGCUUGAAAGCUGCGGAUGGAUUUUCGUUGCAGUUGUCGCGGGGAGGCUUGCUCAAGCUGAGACGGCGAUUUUUUUCGCUCUGAUUUCUUGCAACGACCAAACAUCUUAGAGGAGAAUAAGGCGAGCCGACGGCUGAAAUCGAACGCGAAGAUGUCAAAAAAGUGCGGAGACUGCGAAUGAGUUGGCAGGCCCCCCGAUUCUACGCCUUACCGAAUCGAUGUCCCGCCCCCCCACCAAUGAAUUAUGAAUGUUGAACAAGAUGACAUCGUCCCCACUGCAGAGGAUGAGAGGGCCUAAGGGGAACAGGGCGCUCUCCGACCCCCUCUUUGUGCUGCUCCUGGCUCUCCAGCUGCUGGUGGUGGCCGGCCUGGUGCGUGCCCAGACCUGCCCGUCCGUCUGCUCCUGCAGCAACCAGUUCAGCAAGGUGAUCUGCACCCGCCGGGGCCUGAGGGAGGUGCCCGACGGCAUCUCCACCAACACCCGCUACCUGAACCUGCAGGAGAACCUGAUCCAGGUCAUCAAGGUGGACAGCUUCAAGCACCUCCGGCACCUGGAGAUCCUGCAGCUGAGCAAGAACCACAUCCGCAACAUCGAGAUCGGCGCCUUCAAUGGGCUGGCCAGCCUCAACACCCUGGAGCUCUUCGACAACAGGCUCACCACCAUCCCCAACGGGGCCUUCGAGUACCUGUCCAAGCUGAAGGAGCUCUGGCUGCGGAACAACCCCAUCGAGAGCAUCCCGUCCUACGCCUUCAACCGGGUGCCGUCCCUGCGGAGGCUGGACCUAGGCGAGCUCAAGAGGCUCUCCUACAUCUCCGAGGGGGCCUUCGAGGGCCUGAGCAACCUGCGCUACCUGAACCUGGGCAUGUGCAACCUGAAGGAGAUCCCCAACCUCAUCCCCUUGGUCCGGCUGGACGAGCUGGAGAUGUCGGGCAACCAGCUGUCCGUCAUCCGCCCGGGGUCCUUCAAGGGCCUCAUCCACCUGCAGAAGCUGUGGAUGAUGCACGCCCAGAUCCAGACCAUCGAGCGGAACUCUUUCGACGACCUGCAGUCGCUGGUGGAGCUCAACCUGGCCCACAACAACCUCACCCUGCUGCCCCACGACCUCUUCACGCCCCUGCACCACCUGGAGCGGGUGCACCUGCACCACAACCCCUGGAACUGCAACUGCGACAUCCUGUGGCUCAGCUGGUGGCUGAAGGAGAUGGUGCCGGCCAACACCAGCUGCUGCGCCCGCUGCAGUUCGCCCGCCAGCCACAAGGGGCGCUACAUCGGGGAGCUGGACCAGAACUAUUUCCACUGCUACGCCCCCGUGAUCGUGGAGCCCCCCGCCGACCUCAACGUGACGGAGGGCAUGGCGGCGGAGCUGAAGUGCAGGGCCAGCUCGCUGACCUCCGUCAGCUGGAUCACGCCCAACGGCUCCAUCAUGACGCACGGCGCCUACAAGGUGCGGAUCUCCGUGCUGAACGACGGGACGCUGAACUUCACCAACGUCACGGUGCAGGACACGGGCACCUACACCUGCAUGGUGAGCAACUCGGCGGGCAACACCACGGCCUCCGCCACGCUCAACGUCUCCUCCACCGAGAACAGCUUCAGCUACUUCACCACCGUCACCGUGGAGACCAUCGAGCCCGGCCACGAGGAGGGCCGCACCACGGUGCAGCAGAGCGUGGGCCCCACCCCCUCCUCCGGCUGGGAGGCGUCCUCGUCGGUGACCAGCACCACCGCGCGGACCUCGCUCUCCACCAAGACCACGGAGAAGACCUACACCAUCCCCGUGACGGACCUCGACGGCGCCCUCAACGGGCUGGACGAGGUGAUGAAGACCACCAAGAUCAUCAUCGGCUGCUUCGUGGCCAUCACGCUGAUGGCGGCCGUCAUGCUGAUCAUCUUCUACAAGAUGCGCAAGCAGCACCACCAGCAGAACCACCACGCCCCGACCCGGACCAUCGAGAUCAUCAACGUGGACGAGGAGCUGACCGGCGGGCCUGCGAUGGAUAGCCACCUGACCCUGCCCCCUCUGGAGCAUGAGCACCUCAACCACUACAACUCCUACAAGACUGCGUACAACCACGCCUCCACCAUCAACUCCAUACACAGCUCCGCGCAUGAACCUUUGCUAAUCCGCGCUAGCUCGAAAGACAAUGUACAAGAGACCCAAAUCUAACUUUGUUUCGACACAAGACGAUUUAAUGACGACAAAACAGACAAACAAACAUAAAACUAAAAUGAAAUGAAACAAACAAACAAACAAAUAAACAAAAAAAAAAAAACAUUAUUAAUAAUACGACGAGGAGUGAAAAUUUAAAAAAUAACUGAUGGACACGUUGGCGAAGCAGGGGGUGAUAAUGUUUAUCAUUGACAUUGGGAACUAGGGUAUGUCUACUGUUUCAAAAAGUGUCUUUACAAAAACAAAGGUUAUUUAUUUAAAAAAAAUCUAUUGUGGUUAAAUCAAGAAAAAAAACAUGUAUUCUGCUAUUUUUUUUCUUUUCAGCACUUCAUCUUUUUUAUGUUUUUUGUUUUCUUUUCCUUUUUGUCUUGUGUUGGGGAAAAAUGGUUUACUAAAGUGCUUUGAAAACUCUAUGUAAAUUCCGCUGAAGGCAUCUAAUCUAGGAAGUGUCACUAUGGGUUGACUAUGUUCUAAUCUGGUAAUUUGACACCAAUGGCACCUAUGUCUAGACAGAAAUAGCCAACAUGAAAUGAUUUUCCACAGAGUUAUUGUUGAAAUCUGCAAUGGCCAUAACAAUAAUUUAUGUGGCUUUAGAGCUUAGUCAUUACUGACUGCUGGGAAAUGUCACAGAUAAAGACUGGUGAUAGCAUAAUAUCUGAUUAGGCCUGCCAGUCAAAAGGAUUAGAAGCAGAUGUACGUUUCGAUUGCAAUAGAACGGGAGCACAACCUGAAGACAACAGUCCCUCAAAAAUUAGAGAGCUGACAUUUAAUUAAAUGGCAUAUUAAAACCAUUUUUCACAAAAAAAAAAAAAAAAGAAGAAGAUAAAAAAAAAAAUCCCACAUUUUCAAUUCAUGAACGGACGCCUGCCUCUCUCUCCCUCCCUCCGUCGGCCCCUGAGAUCCAGCGGCCCCGCCUCGCGGCCCUGCCUCCCUCUUUAUGAAAGUGCGCGCUCGGCUGAUUUAAUUAGGGCAGAGCGGCCGGGCUCCCCGCACCUCUGGCCUCUCGCUCGCGGUCGAAUGCGGAAGCGAGAGCGGGCGCCCCGGUCGCCCCUCCUCCUCCAC